AUGCCGCAUGGUAUAAAGAUGCUACGAUUCAGUUCAUCCAAGCCCAAACUAGCGUUUGUGAGACUUUUCUCUCGUAAAAGGUUGCUAUUGAAACUAUUGAUGAUGGUUGCUGUGUUAGCUAUCAUUUCGUACUUGACUCUACUUGAGUCAGUAGCGAAUGGAUUCCCACUUGAUUUCCAUUCAGAGGCAUUCAUCAAAGCGCUGCCUGAUACUCUGAAGCUUCAGGAACUUGUUGAUUCUGAAGCCAACAAGGCCAUUUUUGUACAUCUUCAGCAUUCAAAUAAUGCAUUCUACGAUACUCUGGAGAACGUAUUGGGAACACUCGAUUUCGUUACAUUCCACCAAUACCAGAGACAACCAUACGUGGCCAAUGGAUACAUCGGUUCUCGGAUCCCUGUUUUAGGUCAGGGUUUUGCCUACGACACGCUUUCUGUUGAUGUUUCUGCGUCAGAAGACGAUCUUUCCAAUGGUUGGCCUCUCUUCAAUAGGAGAUAUGCUGGAGCGUUUGCAGCUGGUUUCUUUGAUGCUCAAAAAAACACCACAGAGACAAACUUUCCCUGGCUUCUUCAGUAUGGCUACGAGAGUGUCAUUUCGGCCAUUCCUCAAUGGACCGGGCUCUCCAUAGUUUCUCAUGGAGCAGAUGGAAAGUUGUUUGCAUUGGAUCCUCAACAACUGAGCGAUACAUGGGGCUCUAUUUCCCUGUAUGUUCAGAACAUGUCGUUGGCAGAUGGAGUGGUGUCUACUCUGUUUGUUUGGCUUGACUCCUUACAUGUCCAGUAUGAUGUGUUUGCUUACCGGGACAAUCCAAAUUUGGGAGUUGUGGACUUGAAGAUCACCAACACCGCAUCUAACGUAGUUCAGUUCAACGUUUCAGACAUGUUGAGCGGUGAUACUGCCCAACGGUGUAACAUAAAAGAUGCAAAAGUGGAGCCUGGAAGUGGCAUAUACUUGCAGUACCAGCCUAUUGGAGUUGCAGACGUUUAUGCUGCCACUUACUCGAGCUUGCGCUUCCUGGAGAACAAAUGUAUUGAUUCAAUUUUCUCGUCAUCGUCCAACAAUGUGUCACAGACGCUUGUUUUUCAAUUGGAACCUGGUGAGGAAUUGAGUGUGUCUAAGUUCGUGGGUAUAGUCACCUCGGACAUAGAUCCAGAUACAUACAAGCUGUAUGAUCUGGUACUCUCCAAAGCGCGUGCAACGUCUUUGAAAUGUGGCGACUUAUCAUCUGUUCUUACGUCUCACCGGAAUUCUUGGGCCGAUAUUGUUUCUUCUGGACUUCAGGUUGAAUUUCCUGAUGACCCUUUACUUACGCUCGCUACUAGAUCAUCGCUCUUUCAUCUUUCUGCGAACACCCGUUCUAUGGCUUCGGGAGUCACUGCAGCAUUAUCUGUUGGAGGACUUUCUUCUGAUUCUUAUGCUGGAAUGGUCUUCUGGGAUACUGACCUUUGGAUCAUGAACGGCUUGUUACCUUGGAAUCCUCUGCACGCUCGUAGUCUUAUCAACUACAGAGUCCAUACUCAUCAACAGGCACUCGAUAACAUACACAGCCCUCUGGCUCCAAAAUCUUUCCAAGGUGCUGCGUACCCAUGGACAUCAGGUAGAUACGGAAACUGUACUUCCACUGGACCUUGUUUCGACUAUGAGUACCAUAUCAAUUUUGCAGUGGCCAUAGCAGCAUGGGAAGCAUAUUUGAGUGGAGCAGCGGACGAUGAAUUCCUUGAACUGGUUGCAUAUCCUUUGAUUAAUGAUGCUGCAACCUUCUUGGCCUCCUAUGUCGAGUAUAAUGAUACUUUGGGGAAGUACACCACUCGAAACUUGACGGAUCCUGACGAAUACGCCAAUCAUGUCGAUAACGGUGCAUAUACCAAUGCGGCUAUAUCGCUCACUAUGAAAUGGGCCCAAGCAGUGCUUCAACACUUGGGUAAGCCAGUUCCUGAACUUUUCACUAAGAUUUUGGGCAACGUUCAUCUUCCAACAUCGCCCGAUGACGAUGACAUUGUUCUAGAGUACACAGGCAUGAAUUCUUCUGUUGGAAUCAAACAGGCAGAUGUAAUCAUGAUCACCUACCCUCUUGAGAAUGAACUUAUUACUCAUGAUCAAGCUGUUGCGAAUAUGGAGUUCUACCUGACGAAGCAAGUCAGUUUCGGACCAGCCAUGACGUUCCCCAUUUUUCUGAUUGUUGCUUCAGCUUUGCAGGAUACUGGCUGUUCAUCGCAGUCGUACUUGCUGAAAGCCGUACAGCCAUUCUUGCGUGGUCCAUUUGCUCAGUUUUCAGAGCAGAAUAAUGAUGUUUAUAAAACAAACGGAGGCACCCAUCCCGCGUUCCCAUUCAUGACUGCUCAUGGGGGUCUUUUACAAGCUGUUUUAAAGGGUCUUCUUGGGCUCCGCUACGAUUUCCGCGUUGAAAAUGGCAAAAUCGUUCGUGAGUUGAAGUUAGAUCCCAUCAAGCUCAAAAAUUUGCCUAGUGGAGUAGUCUUCCAAGGAAUUCACUACAUGAAUCAUACAUUAUCUUUGAAUUUGACGAGUUCGGGGUUGGUUGUGACGGAUCAUAGCCAAGAGCCAGGAUCUGUUGACGAGAUCGAAAUUGUUCUUGGCUCUAGACUUCACAACUCCACCCGUUUUGCUAUUUCCCAAGGAGAUCAAGUAGUCUUACCAUUGUUUGAUACAAGUGAGGCUUUCUCUAACAGUUUAACAGAGUGCUAUAAGGCUUCAUUCACCAAUAUCACCGAUGGAGCGUAUGGCGAUGCCACCGUUCUGGUUAACGAUGGCGAUAAUACCACUCAUUGGCAGGGCUUGUUCAAUACAACUGGUAAAAUUUUGAUUGAUCUCAAGUCAAAGACAAAGUUGACCUCUGGAAAUAUCAAUUGGGGUGACCGUCCACCCACCAGUGUCAAAAUUCUGAUUUCUAAGAAUGAAGAGUUUGAACUGUCUAUUGACUACUUGAGUCAAGUGGAUUUUGGUAAUGGACUAUACAAAAAGUACUGGUUUGCUAAUUCUAACGGACAAACAACUACUCAGAAUGACGUCUUCGAUGAGGUGUUUUCAAGCUCUGUCUCGAUUAGCUCACCUUUCAAUAUUGAAGACCAGCCCAAGAUUAUCUUGCCAACGAAUCAUAACACCACAUCGAUUGAAUUCCCGGAUAACACAAUGGGCAGAUUCGUGUUACUUGAAUUUGACGGUGUUCACGACGAAGCAGAUGAAGAAGGUGCAAAAUUAUAUGAGGUUGUUUUCAGUUAA